AUGGACAUAGCCGACCGACUGCACUCGCAAUAUGCCCAUUUAGGCCCCCAGUAUGCACCCAAGGAAGACACGACUGGGCAGAACCUAGAAGGUGACUUGGCCAAGUCUUUACGCGGACAAAAUCUCGUCGCUCGGGAGCUGCGUUCAUCCUACCAAGCCGGCCGCUUCCCAUCGAUCACUCGCUUGUUCGUUCAAGAUCUCCACGACUACGGAUCUGUACUGCAGGAUGAUUGGCGAGUGAAUACGGUCGGCAUCCUCCUUGGAUGUAUCGAAGUCAUUCCAAUUGUUUGUAUAGACUUGGAGGUUGACCCUGGCAACCAGGCUGAUCAAGAAUCGGCGCAUGAUCUGGAAGCUACAGCUUAUUACUUGAAGGAGCAUGGCCAUCUGAGAUUCUUGGACGAAAACUUAUCGGACGUUCAUGUCUGCCCUAAUAUUUUCUGGGCUACAAGUACAACCGGUGUUCGACUGCUGAAGAAGACUAGAGGGCUGAGCAAGUACGACCUCGACUGGGUUGAUCCCAUGCGUCAUGGUAUGGACCUUCGUGAGUUUCUAGAGAGGAUCGGAGCAGAACACAGCAAGAACAUGGCAUUAUUAGCCGGGCGUUAUAUCAAUUCCAUAAUCGGCACGGUCAGGACUUCAUACGUCCUUGACGGUAUCUUGGAGUGGUACAACUAA